UGGAGCGGCGGCGGGAGCGGAGCGGGACAGGGGAUCGCGAUAGCGCCGCGGUAUCUCCGCGAUAUCCCCGUCGUAGCCGCGCUCGGGAUUAUUGCUCUUGGAGUCUGCCUUCUUCUCCUGCGGAUUACAAUUGCACCAUGACCCUGGAGGAGCUGGUGCCUUGCGAUAGCAGCAAGAUGCAGGCGGUGAGCGAGGCGGUGGAGCGGGUGCUGGUGGCGGCUCAGCGGCAGGACCGCCUCACCGUGGGGGUCUACGAGUCGGCCAAGCUGAUGAAUGUGGACCCGGACAGCGUGGUGCUGUGCGUGCUGGCCACGGACGAGGAGGACGAGGGUGACAUCGCCCUGCAGAUCCACUUCACGCUCAUCCAGGCGUUCUGCUGCGACAACGACAUCCACAUCCUGCGCGUGUCGGGCAUGCAGCGCCUGGCCGCCAUCCUGGGCGAGCCGCAGGCGGACUCCGAGCCCCGCGACCUGCACUGCCUGCUUGUCACGAACCCGCACACGGACGCCUGGAAGAGCCAGGGCUUGGCGGAGGUGGCGAAUUACUGCGCCGAGAGUCGCGAUAGGAACCAGUGGGUGCCAUUCGUGUGUCUGCAGGAGCGCUGAGCCCUUCCCGGCCUGGACUUGAAAGGAUUAAAACCCUUUUUAAAAAAAAAAAAUAACCUAAACAGCAGGAAAAAAAACAAAAAAAGAAGGGAGAAACAGCCAGUUCCAACCCACAACGCCCCACAAAACCCACCGAUUUUAUUUUUCUUUUGAACCGGAGAGGAGGAAGGGGGAGCGCGGCGGCUGCGGUGGGAAUGGAGGGAGCCGGGCCGAGCCCGGCGGGGGACGCCG